CCGAGCAGAGGGCGUGUUCAUGCCGUUUACACAGACACACACACACACACACACACACACACUGCACACGGGGACAACACGUAAACUUUUUCACAGAUGGAACAGACGGAAGCUUUCUAGUAAGGUGUCAGGUCGUAAAUGCACGCGCUGAACGAGAUCCUAUUUGCUGAACUUCAGGAGAAGCGCUGCGCGCAUGCGUUAAUUUCUUUGAGCUGUGCUUCUCACUCAGAGAUGGAGGAAGAGGUGGAGGACGCUCUUGACUUGAACCACUUGACAGAAGAGGAACAAUCUGCCAUCCUGAAGGUGUUACAGCGAGAUUUGGACUUGCGUCGUCGUGAUGAAGGACGUGUAAGGGUCCUCCAGGAGACUGUGACGGACAAGGCUCGUCUUCGCUCUCUGUCGGGUGCGUGGUUCAGCGAUGAGCGCAGAAAACGCCAUCAGACCUGGACGUCUGGCUGUGACCUCGUCCACGCCACCAUGCGCCGCAGGAAGCCAAAGAGCAAAGUAACAGAUGUGCCCCUGAUUGGAUUGUUCAAUGGUGAAACGGAGGAAACCGUGCCUUCUCAGAACAACAAUACCUCUCCAGAGGCAGAGAGUAGACUAAAAGAGAGUGAGGAGGAGGAAGAGGAGGAGGAGGAGGAGGAGGGAGAGGAGAGAAGGGGGAGUCCAGAGGGUUUCAAACCUACACCCUCACCCAGAACAAAAACUCCCAUAAUAAAGGUUACAGAACACGGUACUAGUUCCUCAUCAUCCAAAGAGUGUGAAAUGAGAAGUAAUGGCCACCCAGAGGAAUCUGAGGACGAUGGUGAUGGUCACACUGAGGAUGCUGACUCUGUGAACAGCAGCGUGACAGAGGCAUAUCAGACAUCUUUGAAAACCAGCAGCUCUGCCAGCAGCCUUCACUCCAGCUACACGCUUAGCGGGAGCAUGAUGAGUCUGUUCAGCACCGGGGACUUCGGAGUGGUGGAAGUGAGGGGCCGGAUUCAGUUCUCAUUGGUUUAUGACACCCAGAAGGAGGAGCUGCAGGUCAAAGUGUAUAGAUGUGAGGACAUAGCUGCAGCACGAAAGAACCGUUCAGACCCAUAUGUAAAAACCUAUCUCCUGCCGGACAAGUCAAGUCAAAGUAAGAAGAAGACUUCAGUGAAGAAGAAGACGCAAAACCCAGUCUAUGAUCAAACACUUCGAUAUAAGGUUCGUAUCGGGGAGCUGCGGAGCCGGACCUUAAACCUGUCUGUGUGGCAUGCUGAGCCCCUCGGGAGGAACAUAUUCCUGGGGGAAGUGGAGGUGGCCCUGGCGGUCUGGGACUGGACCUGCACGCAGCCUCUGUGGCAGGAUCUGCAGCCAAGGGUUCAUUUGAGUCCAGACUCAAUCAGUAGCCGGGGGACCAUCAUGCUAUCUAUCAAGUUCAUCCCAGAAGGAUUUGAGGGUGGUGGUCUGCCCCUGACAGGAGAGCUUCACAUCUGGCUCCGGGAGGCUCAAGGUCUGCUAACCAACAAAGGAGGAGCUUUAGACUCCUUUGUUAGAUGCUACAUACUACCAGAUGCAAGUCGACAGAGCGGACAGAAGACGCGGGUGGUGAAGCGCAGCAUCAGCCCGACCUACAACCACACCAUGGUGUACGACGGCUUCCACACCAGCGAUCUGAAAGAGGCCUGUGCAGAGUUGACUCUUUGGCAGCGUGAAGGGUUAAAGACACACGUCCUAGGAGGGAUACGUCUGAGCUGUGGAACUGGUCAGAGUUAUGGUGACCCUGUGAACUGGAUGGACUCCACUGAAGAGGAGGUGGCUGUAUGGACCUCUCUGAUUGAUAACCCAAACCACUGGAUUGAUGCAACACUACCGAUCAGAACUGACCUCACACAACGAUCAGACUGAGUUGGAAAGAACAUGGAUACGAACAUACAAAGAGACAUUUAUGUGUGCGGGGAAUAUUAACAUAUCAGCACCUUUAACUACUCACAGCAACACUGUUUUUAUCUUUCAUACCCAAACACACACAGGGUUUAAGUGAAGGUGCAAUUUUAUAAAUUAAUUGUUUAGAUGUUAAAUGCAUGAUUUAGUUUUACAAAUGAAAUCUAUCUGCAGUUCAAACAUUUGCUUUGUAUGUUUUGGUUCAAUCUGUCUAAAAUCUCCGAAGUGCUUUGAUGAUCUUAUUGUAGUUUAUUAAUUAAAUACAAAAUUAAAGAAU